ACUUCCCAGGGUCUGAGAUGUCUGUCGGUCCGGGACGCUCAGCCCGGAGGCUGCUGGGGCGCCAUCCCUGGGCUCGAGAACCAUCUGCGUAGGGGUGGCAACCGGAGUCCUGGGAGCCGAUGGGAUCCCCACGGGAGGCAGGAUCUGGCCGGGGCGGGGAGGGUGCCAGGAGGCCUGGAGGAGAGUGGCCAGCUUGCCCCCAGGACGGCCGCUGACCACGAGCCUCUGUGCACCCCCGGAGGGAGGCUGGGGCCCGAGCCGGCCCGACUUGGGCCCCAGGCGGUGGGGCAGGGAGUGAUUCUGGUCCUCCUCCCCUCCUCUCCUCCCCUGCUCCCUCUCCCCCUCCAGGGAUCCGCUUUCGGUGGAAUUAAACAGACGGAGCUGGAAGCAUCCAGAGCUAAGCUUGGGGCCCCAGGGAGCGGGGAGAACCGCGGAGGUUCUGGACCAGGAGACCUUUAGCAAGCGCAAAGAUGGCUGAGAAAAAGCUCAUUCUUGAUUGGAAACAUAUGAAGAAAGCGAUCAGCAACGUCCUGAACAAGCGCACGCAACUCGGGAUCCAGCCGGAUGCCCCGAUCAUCCUGAGCGACCACCCCCGGAUCUUUUUCUCGGAGAGCUGCAAACCUCAGCGCCUGCCCACCAUCUGCCACUACUUUACUGAUGCCCACUACUAUGUGUCCUUGGGCUGGAUACAGGGGAAUGAGGUGCAGGCAGUGGUGUGGGUGCAGGCGAAGGGUUAUCACCAAAACAUGGAGAAGAAGAUCUUCCCUUUGUCUGAGUCCCUGCCUCCUGUCCAGGCUCUGGUGCACACUGGGGAGCAUCGGCUGCUGGCCGCUCACUGCGGGGACAUGUACCUGCGCCUCUUUGGGGACCAUACCCGGCUCCUGCGUACCCUGUGCAUCGUUCCCUGCCGCUUCUCCAUCAGCUGCCUCAGCUACGACCCCAAGUCGGGGUUGCUGCUCUCAGGCCUCGCUGGGGGUGUGGUGCUGUGGAUCAUUGAGCCCAGCGGGCGUGGCCUCCACCAGGCCCAGGAGGUGAGGAUGGCGGGCAAUGAGCUAGUGCAGGACAUCUCCAUGGCCGGGCCCGGCGGGAACAUGGUGGUGCUCUGUGAGAGCCUGGUGCGCACCUUCAAGCGCCAGAGCCAGGAUCGCUUUGAGGAAGCCAAGGUCUUCACCUCCCGGAGCAGCGGUGCGCUUCUCACCUGCUCUUUCACCUGCAACAUCCAGGGCUAUCUCUACGUCGGCAACAAGGCCGGGCACGUUCAGGCCUGGAGCUUAGACCCGGACUGCACCUUCCACAAAUUCCAGGCGCACACUCGGGCGGUGGUGUGCCUUCGCAGCCGGCCGGAGGCCCAUACCCUGCUGACGGCCGGGAAGGAGGGCUUGGUCAAGGAGUGGAACCUGACCUUGGGCAACCUGCUGCGGCAAGUGAAGUUCCAGGAAGAGCUGGUCCGCCUGGAGUUCUUCCGGGCCAAAGCCUUCUUCUCCCAGACCACCACCACCUUCUCAGUGUACCGUCUUCCCUGCUUCUACAGGCUCUUCAGCGUCUGUGGCUCCAACCCGCAGGAAGUGCGCCAGGUCUGCCGCGAAGGCAAGUCCCCGCGCAUAUCGUGCUACACCCAGGACGGCCUCCUGCGCUUCCUGUGCCCCCUGACUGGGGAUCUCCUGAUCCUGAGCUGGCCCUUUGCCCUUCUGGAUCAAGCUAUCGACUGGACCUACGACUCCGACCGAGAGGAGAUCUUCGUGGCCACAGGUAAACCAGAUGUGCUGGUGCUGGAUGCCACCCGCUGCCCAUGCACAGCCAAGUACCUCUUGUGCCCCUCCCCAAAGGCUAACGACCGGGUGCAAUGUCUGGCCUAUGGAAGGCCUAAGUUGAGCCGGGGGCUUGAUGGCUUGGUGUUCUGUGGGCACGAGAGUGGCAUGGUGAGGGUGCUGUCUCAGCACCUUUGUGCCCGCAUAGAGAAGAACCUGCAUUCUGCCACGGUGCUGGCACUGGCCACCUUGUCGGGAGUGCCCUGCAGCACCCGGGAGAGCUCCUUCCUCUGUUCCUAUGGCAUGGACGACUACUUGCAGCUAUCUGAGGCUGUCUUUGAAGGGAAAAAAGUGAACCUGGUGUCUCUGACCAGCAUUCUCUGCAGUUGUAAGCUCAGUCACAUGAUUCUGCUGCCCAAAUCAGUAGCUGCCAUCACAGACGGCAAUUGCCUGCGCCUCUGGCACUACCAGGACUUCCUUGCAUCCUCCAACAGCAAGCCGGAAGAGUGCUUCUUUGAGAGUGAUACCCUGCACUUGACCCGCAUCACUUCCUUUGACAUCUGCUUGAACCUGGGCAUCUUCGUCACGGGUGCUCUAGAUGGCACCGUCAAGCUCUGGGACCUCCAGGGCACCCUCUUGGCCCGUUUUGACUCACUCCUCAAGUUUGGGACUCUCUGCUUUGCCAAUGAGCGGGGUGACCUGCUUGUCACGGUCAACCAGAGCCUUUACUUGGUGUCUUGCCUGAUGCUUCUCCCCGCUUCUGUCUUGAACCGCCUGUCAGCCAUGAACAUACAGGACAAGAUGCAGGAGACCCCCAAACCUUUCUUGCCAGGCUUCUUCUUAUCCUUUAAGAGUAUAUUUGCACCACGCUACCUCUAUCUGGGCAACGGGAAACAGAAGCUGGACAGGCUGGAGACCCUAAUCAACUUAAGGGCCAUUGCCUUUGACCGCUCUGUCCCCCAUGUGGUACAAGAGGCGCGAGAGGGCCCUCAGCCGGCUUUGGAGGACAAGCGCCGAGAAAGACGUUGGCUGACCUCACGCAAGCAGAGGAGGCAGGGUGGGCACCAACAACACCCCACGUCUUCGGCCCUCCAGGGUACCCAGCCGAUGGGCUGGGAUGAAAUAAACCAGUUUCCACUGGUGCAGAAGUUUUUUGGCCAGGGGCGAAAGUGGAUAAUCGCACCUGAUGGCUAUGUCCCCAACUCAGUGGUGCGAGCUUUUCUCUGGCCCGAGGGCACUCCCGUCUUUCUGAGGUCCGGGGAAGGGUCCACCGAGGAAUUCAUAGAGCGCGAGUCACUUCCAGAGUCUCGUUUGCACAUGAUGUUCCCCUUUUGGGAGGAGGACUUCACCACCAAACUCUUAGGGGAGACUCGCCUCAACCUGGCCAGGCGCAGGGAGAAGCUUGCCGAAUUGCCCCGUGACAUCUUCAUCGACAACCGCACCAAGCUAUCCCAGAGGAUGAGCGGGGUAGGCUUGAACAACACAAUCCAGUCUCUGCUCAACAUAAUGGCCGACACAGACCCGGACAAGUAUCAGAAGUGCACCAACGCCCUUGUGCAGAUCUUUGCCACCCACGACGUGGCCCCCCAUCUACGCUCCGCCACAGCCAAACACCUGGUCAUCUUCACUUCCCACGCCCUGCCCAUCUUCCGCAAGUUGGCCUGGGAGGGGCUGGAGAAGCUGGGCUUCCUCAGCCACUACUUUGCCAUCCCCUUGGCCUGGGGACUGAUAGACUUAGACCCUGAAGUGCACCAGAAAGCCCGGAAUCUGAUGAUAGAUUUCACAGGAGUCAAAACAAAGAAGGAACUCCUCAGCCUGCUCCAUCAGGAUGACAUCUUCUUUGAACUGCAGAAACAAACCAUAGGAGAUGAGAGUUUGAAUCAGAUCCUGGGCAUUCGGCCAGUGGACCUGCAGGUUCUAUCUAAUCAGGUGGACAAGUACAUCAAGGACGACCUGACCCAGUGGAGUAAAGUAAAAGAGCAAGAGCCCUCAGCGGUCACAGAGAUGGAGAAGAAGGAUGUGGCUGAUGUAGCGGAGACCUAUAAAUUGCCUGAAGAAGCCCCAGAGCCUUCCCCCAAGGUUGCCAAGGCUCCCAAAGCGGGCAAGCAGCCACGCCAACCCAGGAAGUCUUCAGCCAAAAUUCCCAGGAAAUUAAAAGAGGGACGCAGGAAAACAGUAGAAGAAGAAGGAGAAAGAGAGAAACGCAAGAAAUCAAGUGUAGAAUUCAGACGCAAGAAAUCAAGUGUAGAAUCAAGACGCAAGAAAUCAAGAGAAGAGACACCUAAGAAAUCAAAAGAAUAUAAGAAAUCAAUAGAAGAAAGAGAAGAAGAAGGAGAAGAAGGAGAAGGAGGAGAGGGACUCAAGAAAAUAAAAGAGGAACUCGAGAAAUCAAUAGAAGAGAUACAAAAGAAACCAAUAGAAGAGAGAGAAAAGAAAUCAAUAGAAGAAAGAGAAGAAGAAGAAGAAAAAGAAGAAGAGGGACUCAAGAAAUCAAGAGAAGAAGGUCGCAUGAAAUUAAGGGAAGAAGAGAGAUACCAAAAACCAAGACUAGAAGAGAUACACAAGAAAGUAAGAAAAGAGGGAUACAAGAAACCAAUAGAAAGAGGAAGAGAUAAAGGAGGAGAGGAAGGUUGGGAAUCAAUAGAAGAGAGAUACAGAAAAUUAAUAGAAGAAGAAGAACUCCAGGAACCAACAGAAGAGGAACUCCAGCUAUCAGAACAAGAAAUAGGAGUAGAAGGAGAAGAAGGAGAAGGAGGAGAAGGAGGAGAGGGACUCAAGAUAUCAAGAGAAGAGAAACUCAAUAGAUUAAUGGAAAAACUCAAGAAAUCAAGAGAACAGGCACGCAAGAAAGUAACGAUAGAAGGAGGAGGAGGAAGAGGAGAGAAAGAAGAAGAAGAAGAAGAAGAAGAAGAAGAAGAAGAAGAAGAAGCAAUAAGAGAGGCCUACAAGAAAUCAAGAGAAGAGAGACUCAGGAAAUCAAAAGAAGGACGCAAGAAAUCAAGGGAAGAAAAAGAUCUCAAGAAAUCAAUAGAAGAAGAAGAAGAAGGAGAGGAACUCAAGAAACCAAGAGAAGAGAGACAAAUGAAAUUAAUAGAAGAAGAAGGACGAAAGAAAUCAAGGGAAGAAGAGGAGCGCAAGAUAUCAAUAGAAGUGGAGCGCAAGAUAUCAAUAGAAGUGGAGCGCAAGAAAUCAAUAGAAGUAGAGCGCAAGAAAUCAAUAGAAGUGGAGCGCAAGAAAUCAGUAGAAGUGGAACGCGAGAAAUCAAUAGAAGAGGAGCGCAAGAAAUCAAUAGAAGAAGAGCGCAAGAAAUCAAUAGAAGAGGAGCGCAAGAAAUCAAUAGAAGAGAGACAAAUGAAAUUAAUAGAAGAGGGACAAAAGAAAUCAAGGGAAGAAGAGGAGCACAAGAAAUUAAUAGAAGAGGAGCGCAAGAAAUCAAUAGAAGUAGAGCGCAAGAAAUCAAUAGAAGUGGAGCGCAAGAAAUCAAUAGAAGAGGAGCGCAAGAAAUCAAUAGAAGAGGAGCGCAAGAAAUCAACAAAAGAGGAGCGCAAGAAAUCAAUAGAAGAGGAGCGCAAGAAAUCAAUAGAAGAAGGAGGAGAAGGAAAGGUGCGCAAGAAAUUAAGAGAAAAAAGACAGAAGAAAUCAAGAGAAGUGAAAGCAAAGAAAGAGGGAAUAGCAGAAGAGGAAGAAGAAGAGGGGCCUCAUGAGAGAAAAGAUACUUCUCAGACAUCUUCUACAUCAUCCUCAGCACUUUCCUCAGUGACUUUGGCUACCAAAACCAGUGUCUCCUCAUCCCUUUUACGAGGAGCCCUUGACCGUGUGGAUUUGGGCCUGAAGGUGAGGAGCAAAACCCGAAGCAAAAGAACUGACAAAAAGAAGUAUGAAAUGAGCAAGAAGCCUGAAAUCAGCAAGAAGGAAAAAGAGAUGGAGGAGGAGGUUCAGAAGAUAGUAGAAGCCCCACAACCUGAGAAAAGGUAUGAAGAGCAAGAUUCUUGGAGGGAUGAUGUUUCCCGCCUCAUGACCCUACGUGUUUCUGACUUACAAGAGAGCAUGGCCAAGAACUUGACUGAUGAGCUGGUGACCUUGGCACGAGAGGUACUGGCAGAGCAGCAGCCUAGUGGGGAAUACUUUCAGGAGAUUUCUCCCGGGUUGAAGGAACAAAGCCCAGAGCCAGUUGAGGAGAAGGAAGAAGAGAUGGAGCAAGAAGAAUUGGAAGUGAGUCCUCCACUCACUCCACCAUCUUCCCCAAAAGCCAGGACAAAGAAAACCUUCUUCUUUGAAGGGAGCGAACUCACCAAGCAAGAAAUGAAGCUAGCCAGGCAACAGAAGAGACUAGGUAGGAGGGAGAGGAAGCUUGCCAGGAAGGAACGUGAGCUGGCUAUUGCAGAGGAGGAUCUAGCACGGAGAGAGGAGCAGCUGAAUAGGGAACAUGAAUUGCUGGUCAAGGAGCAGGAGGCACUGGAUAAGGAAGAAGAAAACUUGAACAAGGAAGAGUCACUUCUCAUCAAGGAAGAGGACCUCCUGAUCCAAGAGGUCACAACCCCAGAAGAAUUCAGAUUGUUCAAAGAGGAAGUAAAGGAAGCCAGAAGACAAAUUAGAGAGACCAGGCAGGAACAGAUGAAAGACAGAGAAGAGAGCAUACAUGCUAAGAAGUCCAAAAAAAGGAGACUUUCUCCCAAGGAGUUAGAAACAGACACAGAAAAGAGAAACCAGAUGAAGGAGAUGAGAGAAAUAAUAAAGUUCAACAUGGAAAAAGCUCGAGAAGAGAGAAUUCAGGCCUGGGAGGACCGAAUUCAAGCCCAGCAAGAAAGAGAACUGACUUUUUUUGCAAAGUAUGGCCCGAUGGAAGAGCAGAGGCCAGAGGAUAAAAGCAUUGUCACCUUGUCCCCUGAAGAGAAGAUGCUUAUGGAAGAAGAGAAGAGACUGACGUCGGAAGAGCUGGAACUAAUCCGGGAAGAGAGAAAGCAGAUCCAGAAGGAGAAAAUGCUGGCCCAGCAAGAAAUGGAUAUGAUAGAGAAGAAAAUAGAAGUUCACCAGGAGAACCAAAAACUGUCAGACCAGGGAACAAAACUGCUCAUGAAAGAGGAAAGAGAGGCCAUUGAGGAGGAUGCAGAGAAGAGGCCAAGGAGACGUUCUCAGGAGAGGAAGAAACCCCGUUUCCCAGAACAGGAGGCACCAUCCCCAGAGGAGGAGGAAGAGGAGGCUGUGACAGAGGAGGAAGAAGAACAUCUGCCCAAGGAAAGGAAAAAGUUUGUUCCCAGAAAGUUUGAUACUAAGGGAAAAAAGACAUUUCAUCGUAAGAUGAAGAUGAUAACGCCCCUUUUACGAAAGCAGAGGGGGGAGGAAGAGGAAGAAGAGGAGAAAGAGGAGGGGGAAGAAGAGAAAAGGCGUAAGCUGUCUACUGAAGAAGAAAUGCUGCUUAUGGAAAAAGAAAGGGAGAAAGAACUGUUAAUGGAAGGUCAGGAGCAACCAUCAAAAAUGGAGGAAUUAGUGCCAGAAGAGUUGGAGUCUGCUGAGGAGUGGAACCUUCUCCAGACAGAGAGGCACCUGACCCAGGAAGAACUUGAGAUAACCAAGAAAGAAAGAGAGCUCCUUGAUAAGAAGAUGGAAAUGAUCACACAAGAGAAGCUGGUGGUUCAGAAAUUAUCACAAGUAGAUGAUGAUAUACGGAGUCAGCGUCUGAGAGAAAUGCGAAAGACUGAGGAAGAAAUUGAAGGCAUCAGAGAACAGCGGAAACGGCUCAGUGAAAAAAGGCAAAAAUUUUCUGAAGGGAAGCUAUCCUUGGAAGACUUGUUUGGGAAAGAAGAGAGAAAGAAGCCCUUGACCAAGGCAGCUGUGCAAAAGGAGCGCAGGAGGCUGGCAAGCAUUGUGAAGAGACUAGCUGAGGAGAUGGGGGAACUGGCCACUCAACAGAAGAAACUGGAUAAAGAGGAAAAGCAGCUGAUGAAAGAACAGAAGAAGCUGAUAAAGGAAGAAGAGAAAAUGGCCAGGAAGGAGCGCAACUUGGCUUUACUGGAAAGAAGGAUGACUUUGGAGGAGAUCCUGGCAGGGGAAGGAGAAUUAGAUACUGAAAAAAUGAAAGACACCUGGGAAUUCUUCAGAUGGCAAAGGCAGAAGGUUCUGGCACUCCAAAAAGAAACUGUUGCAGAGGAGGCUGAGAAAGCCAAAGCCAUGUUUUCAGAGGCGGUGAAGGAGGCUGAUGAGGAAGCAGAAGAAGAAGAGGAAGAAGAGGAGGAAGAAGAGGAGGAGGAAGAAGAAAAAGAAGGAUCAUCAUUAUAUGAAGAAGAAAUGGCUCCUGAUAAGUCUGCAAAGAAGAUCAUUUCCCCUGAGGGACUGGUUCAACCAAAGGACCUUGGUGUUGAGAGGGUGGGUGAGCCUGCAGGGAAGAUCAUUUCCCCUGAGGGAUUGGUUAAGCCAAAAGACCUUGAUGUUAAAAGGCUGAGUAAGGCUGCCAGGAAGAUCAUUUUCCCUCAGAGACUGGUGGAGCCAAAAGAAACUGGUGUUAAAAGGGUGGGUGCCCACCCAGGAAAGAUCAUUUCUCAUGAGGGACUGGUCCAGCCAAAGGACCUUGGUGCUGAGAGGGUGGAUGAGGUCCCAGGCAAGAUCAUUUCCCCUGAAGAACAGGUCCAGCGAGAGGAACUUGGUGUUCAGAGGGAGGGUGAGGUUCCAAGGAAGAUAAUUUCCCUUGAGGGACUGGUCCAGGCAAAGGAACCUGGUGUUGAGAGGGUUGGUGAGCCCCCAGGUAAGAUCAUUCCCUCUGAGGGACUGGUGGAGCAAAAAGAACUUGGUGUUGAAAGAGUGGGUGAGCCCCCAGGUAAGAUCAUUCCCUCUGAGGGACUGGUGGAGCAAAAAGAACUUGGUGUUGAAAGAGUGGGUGAGCCCCCAGGUAAGAUCAUUCCCUCUGAGGGACUGGUGGAGCAAAAAGAACUUGGUGUUGAAAGAGUGGGUGAGCACCCAGGGAAGAUCAUUUCCCCUGAGGGAUUGGUCCAGCCAAAGGAAUUUGAAGUUGAGAGGGUGGGUGAGCCCCCAGGCAAGAUCAUUUCCCCUGAGUCACUGGUCCAACCAAAGGAACCCGGUGUUGAGAGGGUGGGUGAGCCCCCAGGCAAAAUCAUUUCCCCUGAGGGACUGGUCCAACCAAGGGAGCUUGGUGUUGAAAGGGUGGGAGAGCCUCCUGAAAAGAUCAUUUCCCCUGAGGGAUUGGUUCAGCCAAAGGAACUUGGUGUUGAAAGGGUGGGAGAGCCUCCUGAAAAGAUCAUUUCCCCUGAGGGAUUGGUCCAGCCAAGGGACCUUGGUGUUGAAAGGAUGGGAGAGCCUGUGGGAAAGAUCAUUUCCCCUGAGGGAUUGGUCCAACCAAGGGAGCUUGGUGUUGAAAGGGUGGGAGAGCCUCCUGGAAAGAUCAUUUCCCCUGAGGGAUUGGUCCAACCAAGGGAGCUUGGUGUUGAAAGGGUGGGAGAGCCUCCUGGAAAGAUCAUUUCCCCUGAGGGAUUGGUCCAACCAAGGGACCUUGGUGUUGAAAGGGUGGGAGAGCCUCCUGGAAAGAUCAUUUCCCCUGAGGGAUUGGUCCAACCAAGGGACCUUGGUGUUGAAAGGGUGGGAGAGCCUCCUGGAAAGAUCAUUUCCCCUGAGGGAUUGGUCCAACCAAGGGAGCUUGGUGUUGAAAGGGUGGGAGAGCCUCCUGGAAAGAUCAUUUCCCCUGAGGGAUUGGUCCAACCAAGGGAGCUUGGUGUUGAAAGGGUGGGAGAGCCUCCUGGAAAGAUCAUUUCCCCUGAGGGAUUGGUCCAACCAAGGGAGCUUGGUGUUGAAAGGGUGGGAGAGCCUCCUGGAAAGAUCAUUUCCCCUGAGGGAUUGGUCCAACCAAGGGACCUUGGUGUUGAAAGGGUGGGAGAGCCUCCUGGAAAGAUCAUUUCCCCUGAGGGAUUGGUCCAACCAAGGGACCUUGGUGUUGAAAGGGUGGGAGAGCCUCCUGGAAAGAUCAUUUCCCCUGAGGGAUUGGUCCAACCAAGGGAGCUUGGUGUUGAAAGGGUGGGAGAGCCUCCUGGAAAGAUCAUUUCCCCUGAGGGAUUGGUCCAACCAAGGGAGCUUGGUGUUGAAAGGGUGGGAGAGCCUCCUGGAAAGAUCAUUUCCCCUGAGGGAUUGGUCCAACCAAGGGAGCUUGGUGUUGAAAGGGGGGGAGAGCCUCCUGGAAAGAUCAUUUCCCCUGAGGGAUUGGUCCAACCAAGGGAGCUUGGUGUUGAAAGGGUGGGAGAGCCUCCUGGAAAGAUCAUUUCCCCUGAGGGAUUGGUCCAACCAAGGGAGCUUGGUGUUGAAAGGGUGAGAGCCUGUGGAAAGAUCAUUUCCUGA